UCAAUUGACAUGACAGCUGAUCCGACGUCGACGACGUGUGGGGGCCAGCCGGAAUUGGAGGAAGUGCCCCCGGCGGCGCGACGAACUAGCGCCAGGUCGAUCAAGUCGGACUCGUACUUCAUGGGCGAGAAUAUUGUCCGGAGCAUUGCACCGCAACGACUUGUGCUCGUGAUGGUGGGCUUGCCGGCGCGAGGAAAGAGCUUCGUCGUGCGGAAACUGACCAAGUACUGCCAGUGGCUCAACCUGCCCACCCAAAUCUUCAACGCCGGGGACUAUCGUCGAAAAGCGAGCUUGACGGGUGCGGACGCGUCCUUCUUCGACCCGAACAAUGCCGAAGCAAAGCGCUUGCGGGACGCAUUAGCGAUGGCCGCCGUGGCCAAUCUGAUCCAAUGGCUGGAAGAGGGCGGCCAAGUGGCGGUGCUGGACGCCACCAACACGACAAAAGAGCGUCGUGCACUCGUAUGGGACAAGUUCAAGCACAUGGAAAACACCCAAGUGAUGCACAUCGAGCUCGUGUGCGACAACCCGUCGCUCCUGGAAGCCAACUACCUCAGGAAGCUCAAAAACGAAGACUACGACGGCAUGGACCCUCAAGUAGCGCUCAACGACUUUCGACAACGCGUGGCCAAGUACGAAAAAGUAUACGAGACCGUCCAAGACAGCGAAAACGACGGAACCGUUUGCUACUGCAAAGUGUACAACGCCGGUGAAAAGGUGCUGGCGCGGUACUGCCAGAACUUUAUCCCGUCGCAGAUCGUGUCAUUCCUUCAGAACAUCCAUGUGCACCCGCGAAAGAUUUGGCUCGUACGACCUGGGCCCAACAAAAAUGGCGUCCGCGGCAUCCUCGGCGGCGACGAAGAAUUGACGGACGAAGGACAUGCGAUCGCGUCGGCGCUGGGCACGUUUAUGGAGUCCGCCGUGCAGGACAACAAGGGCUACGUGGAUGUGUGGCUGAGCCCCAUGAAGCGAGCGACGCAGACGGCUGAGUACAUUCGGCAAGACCAUGUCACGCGCACGGUCACGACGACGCUGCUCAACGAAGUGGGCGGUGGCGACUUUGCCGGGUACACGUUUGAAGAGCUCGAGGCCGAGUUCCCGCAGCACGUCAAGGCGCGGCGUACGGACAAGCUGUACUACCGAUACCCUGGCGCGGGCGGAGAGAGCUACAUGGACCUGAUUUUCCGCCUCCGACCGCUCGUGAUUGAGUUUGAACGCAAGAAGCGCGACUGCCUUGUCAUCUGCAGCGAGUCGGUCCUGCGCUGUCUCAUGGGGUACUUUACCGGCGUCGACGCGGACGACGUGCCGCACCUGCCUACCAAGAAGGGCGUCGUGUUUGAGCUAUCUCCGCAUCGAGACGGAUGCGACAUCAAGCAGUUCCAGCUCGAAUUUGAAGCACAUAGUGAGUGAUACUUAAAGUAUUAUUGCUGACCUCGGGCGAUAUACAUCGAGAUAUAACUACUACAUACUAGUACUAGUACAUACUAUAGUAGUAACACUACUAGUGUACUAUUAAUAGUACCGCCAUUGUCGCA